AUAUUAAGAGAUCAAAGCAACUAGAGAAGAAUGAUACUGCUAUCUUUCCUCCUCCUUUCCGCUAUUUUUGUUUCUGAAGCCUGUCAGGUGGGAUUCUAUGGCUGGAGAUGCGACCAGGAAUGUGGUUUUUGUGGAGGAGACGGUGCAUGUGGCAAAUACACUGGAUACUGUUCUAGUGAUUGUUUGCCAAAGUACUGGGGUUUAAAGUGUAAGAAGACCUGUUCUCCUAACUGUGCUGGAUCUGGAAAUUGUAGCAGGUAUACUUCGUUUUGUGAUGAUGGAUGUAAGCCAGGAUACAGGGGGUUCUCAUGUAGAGGCACCUGUCCCAGAAACUGCGGGGGAGACGGAAGUUGUGACAUAACUACUACGUUUUGUCUUCAUGGAUGCAAACCUGGUUACUCUGGGUACAACUGUUCUUGGAAAAACUAAUAAGAAAAUUAUUUAUCCAAGCAGCAUUUUAACUACAUUUAUACCCGCUUCCUAAGAAACAAUAAAAUGUUUUAUUAUAUACUGUACAAUUUUAUCAAUUUCAAGAAUAUUUUCAAAGAUGAAAAGAAUGUUGUAUACAUGUAAUAAAAAAAAUUAUA